GGAACUGUCAGUACAAGUAGGGAUAUUUUCAGUUUUCCCUUUGAUCUGGUCGCAGGUCAGGAGCGGUCCCGCUUUGGGGAAAGGGCGUUUAAAUCUGAAAAGUCUCCCUUCCCUGCAUCCGCAUAUUUACGCGCAGACGCGCUCAGGGAGAGGCAGGUUGCUUUUGGAGCCUAGAACCCACUGAGAAAGAUGGAAAAAGGAGCGCGGCACCGAAGCAGCGCGGAGAAAAACCGCCCCGCCGGGGACGAGCCCGGGGACGAGCCGGAGGCCGGGCCGGGGGCCGGCUCCGGAGGGGGCGGGGUGGCCCUGAAGAAGGAGAUCGGAUUGGUCAGCGCUUGCGGGAUUAUCGUAGGGAACAUCAUUGGCUCCGGAAUCUUUGUCUCACCAAAGGGUGUGCUGGAGAACGCUGGCUCUGUGGGCCUUGCUCUCAUCGUGUGGAUUGUGACCGGUGUCAUCACAGCUGUGGGAGCCCUCUGCUAUGCUGAGCUGGGGGUCACCAUCCCCAAAUCCGGAGGCGAUUACUCCUAUGUCAAGGACAUCUUUGGAGGACUAGCUGGGUUCCUGAGGUUGUGGAUCGCUGUGCUGGUGAUCUACCCCACCAACCAGGCCGUCAUCGCCCUCACCUUCUCCAACUACGUGUUGCAGCCGCUGUUCCCCACCUGCUUCCCUCCGGAGUCUGGACUUCGGCUCCUGGCCGCCAUCUGCUUAUUGCUCCUUACAUGGGUCAACUGUGCCAGUGUGCGAUGGGCCACCCGGGUUCAAGACAUCUUUACAGCUGGGAAGCUUCUAGCUCUGGCCCUGAUCAUCAUCAUGGGGGUUGUACAGAUAUGCAAAGGAGAAUACUUUUGGCUGGAGCCAAAGAACGCCUUUGAGAGUUUCCAGGAACCCGACAUCGGCCUCAUCGCAUUGGCUUUCCUUCAGGGCUCCUUUGCCUAUGGAGGCUGGAACUUUCUUAACUAUGUGACUGAGGAACUCGUUGACCCCUACAAGAACCUUCCCAGAGCCAUCUUCAUCUCCAUCCCACUGGUCACGUUUGUGUAUGUCUUUGCCAAUGUCGCGUAUGUCACUGCAAUGUCCCCCCAGGAGCUGCUGGCAUCAAACGCGGUCGCUGUGACUUUUGGAGAGAAGCUCCUCGGGGUCAUGGCCUGGAUCAUGCCCAUUUCCGUGGCCCUGUCCACAUUUGGAGGAGUCAACGGGUCUCUCUUCACCUCCUCCCGGCUGUUCUUUGCUGGAGCCAGAGAAGGCCACCUUCCCAGCGUGCUGGCCAUGAUCCACGUGAAGCGCUGCACACCAAUCCCAGCCCUGCUCUUUACGUGCAUCUCCACCCUGCUGAUGCUGGUCACCAGCGACAUGUACACACUUAUCAACUACGUGGGCUUCAUCAACUACCUCUUCUACGGGGUCACGGUUGCUGGACAGAUAGUCCUUCGCUGGAAGAAGCCUGACAUCCCUCGCCCCAUCAAGAUCAACCUGCUGUUCCCCAUCAUCUACUUGCUGUUCUGGGCCUUCUUGCUGAUCUUCAGCCUGUGGUCAGAGCCGGUGGUGUGCGGCAUUGGCCUGGCCAUCAUGUUGACGGGAGUACCUGUGUAUUUCCUGGGUGUUUAUUGGCAAAACAAGCCCAAGGGCUUCAAUGACUUCAUUGAGGUGCUGACCUUGGUGAGCCAGAAGAUGUGUGUGGUUGUGUACCCAGUGGAGGACGGGGAUGUGGGGACACAGGGGUUGAGAGAGGACGUGGCGGAGCAGCAGCCGUCCUUCUACCAGCCGGCUCCUUGCAAGGACCAAGACUCAGAGGAGCAGCUGCAGGCCUGAGGCCCGCCCACCCCUCAGCAAGCCACACCCUCCUUCCUCCCUUCCCUCCUGCUUGCCUGGGACCCCCAGCACGCGCGUGCACACACACACACACACGCA